GCAGCGGCCAACGGACAUCUGAGGAUGCUGCGAUUUCUGCGCUGCGGGUCCGCGUUCGACCGCAUUCCUGCUGGAGUCUUGGUCAAGGCCGCGGAGAACGGACACCUGGAUGUGGUACGCUGGGUCAUUGAGCGCCAUGGCAUUGAAUGCACCACGGAGGCGAUUGAUGCAGCGGCAGAAAACAAUCACCUGGAAGUCGUCAAGUGGCUCCACGAGAAUCGAACUGAGGGCUGCACGUCCGGUGCGAUGGAUUGCGCGGCGAAGAGUGGCCACAUCGAGAUGGUGCAGUGGCUACAUGCUCAUCGGACUGAAGGUUGUACCAAGAAUGCCAUGGCUGCGGCGGCCGGGUUUGGCCAUCUAGACGUUGUGAAGUGGCUACAUGAGCACACAACGGUAGGAUGCACUACACUAGCGAUGGACGCCGCAGCAGCUAUGGGGCAUCUCCAUGUGGUCAAGUGGUUGCACCAUAAUAGGUCCGAGGGCUGCACAAACGACGCAAUGGAUUUCGCGGCUGAGAGCGGCCAUUUGAACGUUAUAAAGUGGCUCCAUGAAAACCGCAGUGAAGGCUGCACGGAAGCGGCUAUGGAUUUGGCCGCAGAAGGCGGUAAACUUGACGUUGUGAAGUUCCUUCAUCGGCACCGAAGCGAGGGCUGUACGCAGGACGCUAUGAUUGGAGCUGCCGCCGGCGACCACAUUCGAGUCAUGGAGUGGCUGCAUGCGAAUCGCCCCGGGGAUUGCUCAGCUGCAGCUAUUGACAAUGCCGCGCUGCACGGCGCGUUUGAAGCCACGAUGUUCCUCCAUCUGGUCCGGAAUGAGAGGAUGAGCCAAGAGGCC